UUUUUUCUUUAAACAAUAAUAAUAAUAACAACAACAACAGCAAUAAUAAUAAUAAUAACAGAUUGUUCUUAUCGGCCAAUUCAGUCAUGCUUAACGCUGGUGACGUCGUGUUGUGACAGUUAACAGGACAAUGGCAAUGUGAUGAAAAUAUAGUGAAAUUAACAAUAGGGAAUUUGGAAUAGCUUGACGCCAAAAAGCAGCUGUUUAUAACAAGAGAAGCAAGGAAGAGAAAAAAACAAAGGAAAUAAGGAAAAUAACCGGAGGACAAGAAGGAACAGAGACAGAACACGAGGCGACAGCAGCGACACCGCGCCAGGAGGCCGCAAUGAGGCCUCUCGCCGCCCUCCUCCUCUUCCUCUCUCUCUCUCUCCUCUCCCCCUCCUUCGCGCGAGACCCCCCCACCCCCCUCCGCAUCCCCGUCGUCGAGUCUCUCAGCAUCCCCGCCGAGGACAUGACGACCCUCACGCUCAUCGAGGAGAGCUUCCAGCCGCUGGUCGUCCCCGGGUCGUUGCUGUGCCCUGGCGGUCCUGCCCACGUCGCCGGGCCUCCCAUGGGCCGUAAGCCCGAUGUUGAGGAGUCCCGAAAUGGUCGUCGUCACGAGGCCGUUCAUCGUCCCUGGUGGUUCUUUAAGGGCUUGGAGACGAGUCUUGAGGCUGCAACGACCUUCUGCGUCGUCGACGUUCCGGAGGAAGGAGGGAGAGAGAAAACGACGACUAGGAAUGAAGGAAAAGGCGGAGAAGCUUGUUGGCGGCGAGAGGGCCGACGGACGAGGACACGAGGAAAAGGGAGCGAAGAAAGGAGAGGAUAAUAACCGCGGUGCCGUACCGGAAAAGCAGAGAGAGAAAGAAGGAAAGAAGGGACAGAGGGAAGAGGAAGUACGAGAAAGUCUCGAAGGACCAAAGACUCUUGAAAUGUCCCUAAGACGAUUCGCUCUGGAAGGUUCCCGAGGCUGGCCACACGCCGUCACCAACAUCACCGAAGGAAUCGGAACAUCAAUACCCAUCCCGACGCUUCUGGAGGGCGCGGAUUUCGCCUUUCUUGACAUGAAAAGGACGCACCUGCAUCACGCACGCGCAGGUUGGGGAGGUCACGUGACUCAGCACGGGGGCCAUGACGUCAGCACAGCCGUUGUGUGCGCAAUGGAAGGUCAGCUGCAGUUCCUUCUCUCUCCAUUUUCCCUCCAAUGGCAAUCUCUGCAGUGUGGUGGGGACGAGUGCCUCCUGCAGGUCCCUCCCGAUAAAGCAUCAGACGAGGGGCGCCCUGAGGUGUUCCUUGCUCGUGCCCAAGUGCUGCCCGGAUCCUGCCUCUACAUGCCCCAGGGGUGGCAAUGGCACGCGCGGGCAGAGGGAGACACGACCUUCCUGUGGCUGGCUUGGGAGGACGACCUGGUGCUCCGUGAUGACGUCAUCGCUGCUCUCCUCCCGCUGGAUGAGGACGACCAAGGCAGGGGGGGCGAGGGCGUCCGGGCUCAGAGGGAGCCAUCGGCGGGGGGGGAGCCUGGCGCCAAGAAGGGAAAGCCGACAGAUCCUGCGCCUCUGUGGGAGAUCCUGCCCACAGACCCCCCGCCCCCCCUGGUCCUGUGGGGCGAGCAGGACCCUCUCCCCCACCUCCUGGACCAGUACCUCCUGUCAGACCACCAGCUCGACUUCGACGCCUUCUACGAGCGCUUUCGGAUCGACCGGCAGCUUCUGCCUGACCUCGUCGACUGCCCGCCCGAGUGCCGGUCCCUCGCCGCCUCCAUCUUCAGUCUCCUGGACGCGAGCGCAGAUGGUCUCCUGAACCAGCUGGACGCCACCUACCUGACCCGGGCCAGCGUCAGGUCACUCACGCUGCAGCUGGAUGACCUUCUGGAUGAGUUGAGGGACAUGGGGACAGAGCAGUGGGUGCGCGUGGUUCAGGGCGAUUCCGGACCCAGAGAAGCCUUCUUAGGGCGAGCCAAGGACCGCAUGGUGUCUUCGGCGCAGUCUCAGGUCAGGCGCUGGAUUGACGGGGACCUCGACGGCGCGGACGAGGAGGCACUGAAGGAACACCUGCCGGAGCUGUACUCGCAGGUCGUCGCGGCGAGGGAGCAUACGGAUGGGAAGGAGGAGUUGUAACCCUUCUGUCAAUAUGAUAAUAUCUAGUGAGUGCUACGUAUUUCAAGUUAUUUGAAUAAAUAUGUGUCUAUCUUUA